ACAAUUUACCGUAUGGAAUGUAUUUUUAUUCCCAUGGUUUCUCAAUAAAGUACGAAGCUGUGGGAAAUUUAUAUAAGAGUUUUAUAGGAAGGGGUAACAUAUUCAACUUUUUGUGCAUUAAUCAGGAAAAAAAAUUACAAGUCUCUUAUUUUUAAAAUUUUCAUUUUAGGAUUUUGAUAUUUGUAUUAAUUACAACCACACUAAACCAAAAAAUAUAUCAACCCAUGCAUCCGGUUUUGUUGUUGUUGUUUUUUAAAUUUUGGAUUUUUUUUAAUGUUUUUUUUAAUUUUUUUUUAUAGAAAUUAUGUCCCAUUUCCGAAAUAUGAAUAAAGCCUCGUGCUCUGCCUACAGAAAGGCGCAUUUGUUUGUAAGCCUAAACAUAGUUUAAAUGUGAAAUAGUAGAGUAUUUGGCAAAAUGUUUCAAAUAGAUCUCUACUGCAUUUUCUAUUGAUUACAAUAAUUAUCAAUUUAAUUCCUAACCCAGGUGGAAGUAAGAUGACAUGACUAAUAUACAUAAUGCAAGGAAAGACAUGUAACAGAGACAAUUUUAUGCCUCUGAUGGGAUUUGAACCCGGGUCUCUGACACUAAAGUCCAGCACUCUACCAAUCGAGCUAAAGGGUUAACCCACUAGCCAGAGCUAGUAGGAAUGCCAUAUCACUCACACUACCACAUUUAUUAAUAAUUAAUUUAUAUACCGGUAUAAUACGUACAUUGUCCUGUAAAAUUGAUGCUAUGAAUUUAUCAUUUUGUGUUGUACUCGGCGAGUAUUUUCUGUCAUAAACCAAAUGUAAUGUAAUCUUAUGUAACACUAACAAAUCAUAUAUGUAUGGCGUGUACUUGCGUGAAUAUGAUCCUUAAAAUAAGAAAAAACUAUAUGGUCCACACAAUAUCACCAUCGUUAUUUUUUGCAUGUGAAAUGCUUCCACAUAAAUAUGUUUCAUGUGUGAAAAUUUUAAAGUGGUGCUAUUAUGCAGACCUAUUUGAAUAUGUUCAAGAGUAGUCAAAAUUUAUGGAUAUUUCUGGAAAUUUAUGUGUUCCGUACGUAUUUUGAUUACGUAAUUAUAGUAGGAAUGUGACCCAUUUUCACAAAGUUUCUGUUCAGUUUUGAGACAAUUGUAUCUUGUAUCUCCGUCAUAAUUUUGCAAUGUAAGGGAUUGAUUCAUUUUUGAAAAAUUGACGGGGCCAAAUAUAGAUACCAAACGAACUUAGAUCUUUUUUCUUUCUUUUUCUUCUAUUUUUUUUUUUUAAAUAAAAAUUUGAUGUUUGUAUUUAUUGCAACUACACUAAAGCCAAAAAUAGAUAUCAUAUAUCAACCCUUGCAUCCUUUUUUUUUUUUCCUGUAUCAAGCAGCAGCUCCGAUUCUCUACCCAGAGAACGAUAAGGAACGAUAACUCUGGGUAGAGAUUGAGCAGCUUCUCCAAAAAGUGUAUACCGGAAAUUUAAAGCGCGUUCAAUUUAUUUUCAAAUUAGUGUGCACAUGUCAUUUCCUAUAAUUCUUUUUUCUCUGUUUCGAGCUCAUCGAUAUCUUCAGAAUAUGUCAGACGAAGAAGACUACAUGUCUGAGAGUUUCCUUCAAAGCUUGGAAGACAAGAGACCAGGACUUACAUUUUCAUCUAAGACUACAAGAUUCCAUCAGCAGGAAAAGAAGAAAAAGGAGAAAGACGAGAAAAAUCGAGUGAAACCGAAGAAAGUCCUGGAGGCCGAGAAACGAGUGGAGGGAUUAAAUGUUGCAAUUUCCAGCGAAAACAAGGGGUUUGCCUUGCUGUCUAAAAUGGGAUACAAACCAGGUAUGGCACUUGGGAAGAAAGGCGAGGGGCGCUGUGAGCCAGUUCCAAUUGAAUUAAAGACAGGAAGAGGCGGACUGGGUAGGGAAAUAGAAGUAAAAAGAAAACUGGAGGACAUGCGGGUGAAGUCUGCAAUAUCGCAUGAAAAAAGACAAAAGAUUAUGUCAGAAGAAAAACGACACUUUGUUGGUCGAAUGAGAAACAAGUUUUCUGAACAAAGAGUCAACAGUGAUUUGUAUAAAAGUCAGAAGGUAUGUGCCGAUUUAGAUGCCAGAAUUGGUUUAACAGACCCUGACAGGCUUUUCUUCUGGCCUGAUUCUUACAAAAACAAAGAUAAAAGUGAUGAAGAAAGUGAUGAAGAGUCUGCUACAAAUGAAGAACCUGAUGAAGACUUGGAGUUGAGUAGCAUAGAACAGUUAGAGAUUUUGACAGAUUAUUUAAGAAAGAAACAUUUGUAUUGUGUUUGGUGUGGGACCGCGUUUGAAGAUAGUGAAGACAUAAAAACCAAUUGUCCCGGUAAUACAGCAGAACUUCAUGAUGACUAAUAUUGUUGUGUGAUGCAUUAUUUUAAGUGUAAUAAAUUUGUGUACUGUAUACACUAUAUUAACUUUGUAAGUAAAGAAACUUAGACAUUGAUAUACAUUUUCAUGCAAAUUAUAAUUUCAGAUUUGUAAUUUCUUACGAAAUCAUUGUACAAUUUUAUCAUUUCACACUAAGUAUAGCACAAUUGCAAAAUAUAAUACAUAUUUAUUUGCUUAUAA